AGAAAAGAAAAACCUCAUCUAACUAAACCCUGUCAGCCGCCCCUACCCUCACGGUCACGGCUCACGCUCAGCCUCUCUCUCUCUCUCUCUCGCCCACGGUGGUCUGGUUCGUCGUACCUCUCAGUCCCCUCGCCUCCCACGGCGGUUCUCUUCUGUCCUCAUUCUCCUCCUCGCUAAGCCACGCCCGCACCGCACUCUCUCAAUCAGUGAGGUCCAGCCAUGGGUGCGCUUGCUUCCAUCUCUCCUUGGAUUCCUGAAGACGACCUUUUACUCAAGAAUUCCGUCGAGGCUGGUGCUUCUUUGGAGUCACUUGCUAAGGGUGCAGUGCAAUUCUCUCGAAAAUUUACUGUUCGAGAACUGCAAGAUCGAUGGCUUACUCUUCUUUAUGAUCCAAUUAUUUCUGCUCAAGCAUCUGCUCUAAUGAUUGAGUUUGAGCGUUCUGCUUCAAUGCUUCCAUCGAAGUUCAAUAGAUUUGGAAAUUUAAAAGAGAACAAGUGUGUUACAGGGAAGAGAAAAGUGGAAAGUAUUCGUAGUUGUUACUAUGAUUUGCGUAAAAGGAUCUGUAACGAGCCAUUUAAUUCCAUGGAUAUCACUCUUCUUGUUGGCCCUACUAAUAGUAAUUAUGUUGGAAAUGGAGACAAACCUUUAUCCACAAAUUGCAUGCUUGGAGAUGCAGUCUCAAACCCUUUUGGGCUUGAGGUUUCAGAAAUGGAUAAUAUGACUUGUGCUUUUCCAAAUGAUCUGAUGGAUGCUGAUGAUGGGACUAUCCAUACUUUCCACACAGGUCUUGAAAACCCAGCUCAAGAAAACUUUUCUGUUGAGCAAAAUAACAUGCUUGAAGAAAUUCCUCAUGUUCUCGGAGAAAAUAUGCCUUCUAUGAGAAAUGUCUCUGGGGUUGAGGAGAUGGGAGAACCAACAGAUUUGGCAGCCAGUCUCUUUCAAGGGGUUGAAAUAGAAGUAAAAAACUCUCCUGCUUUCAAUCAAGUUGAUGGUGAUCAGUUGAACAUGUGUCCUGAAUUUGAAGGGAAUAAGGGCUUUAAUUCCUCUGUCUCAGGAUCUAUUGCACCAUUUAACAGCAUGGAGUAUUUAUCUCCACUUCCCAGGAUGCCAGUGGAUAAUUGUCUUGGAGACAGGGAUCUAUGCUCUGGAGAUUCUUUUCAUCUUCCUGAUGAUUAUGAUGCUAGGAAUACAAGAACAUCUGGCUUUGAUGUUCACUCAGAAGUCAAGGUGAAAAUGGAAUCGGCCUAUGAUAAUUUUCAAGUUCAUGAUGACACCGACAAUUAUUUGGCCGAACUAUCCAAUUCUCUUUUAGACUUCAAUGAUGAGGAGCUCAUGUGUAUGGAUACUGAUGGAAGAGAUAUGAUUGAUAAGUCUUACUAUGAUGGUCUAAGCUCACUUUUGUUGAAUUCACCAAAUGAUGUUGGUCAAGAUCAGAUGACCAAUAUAACAGAAGUUGAAACAUCAAUAGAUCCAGAUAUGUGUACUAUGAAUUCAUCUGGUCCAUGUCCUGGAGAGCUACAUGAUGACACGGAGUGUCAUAAGAGUGCUGAACAAAUAUCAUUCAAUUCUCCGAACCAGAUGCAAUCAUCUAUAUCAGCUUCAAACCUUCAAUUUCCUGAAUUAGAAGGAGGAGUUAUUUGCUGCGUGUUAAAUACUGAGGACCCUGUAGUUCCAUGCAAUGAUAAUGUUUUUAUAUCAAAUCAACCAGCCGUGAUGUUGUCUACAGCAGAAGUGAAGCUUCAAGAAACAACUAGACCACUUUCUUCAUCUGUUAAGGAUUUCAGUAGCAAUCAACGGACUGGUGAUAGAGGACCUAACUUGAUGCAUAAAGAAAGAAAACCUCCUGGAGAUCCUCGUGUAUUUUCUCAACAUGUUUCACAAGAAAUGGGUCUGAAUCCUUCAGUUGGUAGUUUUCGGGUUAAGUUGGCAGCUUCUAAGUCUGACUCGGCUAAUAUGGCAUCCAAGGUUGCAGGUAUUGCUAGUAGUGGUCUAAAUUCUGCAAAUUCAAGCACAAGGACACUCCAAGAGCCUCUGAAGGAAGAGACCAGAGAAAUGUUAAUGGCCAAGCAUCUCAACUCAACUGAUAUCUCUUUAGAGAAACCAGCUUUAGGUUCUGCAAGCUUUAAAAACUAUCCACACACAAAUGCCAUUGGUAUCAAAGAGGAACAUGAUGGGUCCAGAGAUCAGGAGAAGUCUAUAAAUGCAGAGUUGACGCCCAUGAAUAAUACUGCUGUUUUUGAACCACUUCUAGACAAUCCAACAGCAGAGCAGGAUGGGGUUCUUCAUGAGAGUGAAGAAGAUGACAUACCUUGUUAUUCGGAUAUUGAGGCAAUGGUACUUGACAUGGACUUGGAUCCAGAUGAACAGGACUUGCAUUCUAGUGAAGAAGUCUCAAGAUAUCAGCAUGAGGAGACUAAGAGGGCAAUCGUACGGCUGGAGCAGAGUGCUCAUUCUUAUAUGCAACGAGCUAUUGCAUCUCAUGGAGCACUUGCCAUUCUAUAUGGGCGACGCUCGAAGCAUUAUAUUAAGAAACCCGAGGUGUUAUUAGGUAGAGCAACAUUUGAAAGCCCUGUUGACAUUGAUUUGGGAAGAGAGGGCCGCUCCAAUAAGAUAUCCCGGAGGCAGGCCAUCAUAAAGAUGGACAAGGGUGGAUCUUUCUCUCUGAAAAACCUUAGCAGCAGGUUUUCAAUAUCUGUGAACAACAAAGAAGUAGGCCCUCAGCAGAGUCUUAACAUUAAUUCCAGUUGCUUGAUUGAGAUAAGAGGGAUGCCAUUUAUAUUUGAGACGAACCCAGCUCGUGUGAAAAUGUAUCUUGAUAGCAUGAAGACUAGCCAUAUACAAGAAGACCAAUUAUAACAUAAAGACUAGCCAAAUACAAGAAUACCGAUUAUAAGGUGCAAUGAAUGGUAAUCCUCAUCAGAAGGUGCUUUUUCUAAUUUUUUUCUAACUGCAAUUUGUGGGUAUCUAAAAGUCUGUUUUUCACAAUCUAACUAACAGCAUGUAAGCGUGAAAUUUGCAAAAUAAUCUUAUGGAGGGUCGCUUAGUGUAAAUUUAGAGUUAUUUGAGGGACUCUCAAGGUUUAGUAUAAUUUUUUGGAUCCUAGACAUUAUUUUGCAUAUAAUUUUUUUAUUUUUUAUAAAAGUUGCUAAUAAAUAUUGGUAUCAUUUUUAUUAUAGUACAUUUUACAAAAAACUGAACAAGAUCGGCUGUUUACAUGACCGUAUCAAGAAGUUCAAGUGUGGUGGUGGUUGGGCAACAUCCAAUUCCAA